AUGGACGACGGCGACGGCGGACUGAACUUCGACUUCGAGGGCGGCCUCGACUCCGUCCCGGCGGCCGGGGGCGGGGGGCCCGUGCCGUCCUCCACCGACCCCGGCGCAGGCGGCGAUGGGCCGGGUAUGCACGGGCGCGGCCGAGGUCGCGGGAGCUACCGCCAGACGGUGUGCCGGCACUGGCUUCGCGGCCUCUGCAUGAAGGGCGAGGCGUGCGGGUUCCUGCACCAGUUCGACAAGGCCCGCAUGCCCGUCUGCCGCUUCUUCCGCGACUUCGGCGAGUGCCGCGAGCCCGACUGCGCGUACAAGCACUCGUACGACGAUGUCAAGGAGUGCAACAUGUACAAGAUGGGUUUUUGUCCCAAUGGUCCUAAUUGCCGGUACAAGCAUAUCAAGCUACCUGGGCCACCGCCUUCUGUUGAGGAAGUUCUUCAGAAGAUUUUGCAGAUGCGCUCUUUCAACAGAUACGAAAAUGCUACUGCUGUGGCUCCACCAGCUGGUGGACAACAAGCACAAAUGCUGAAUCAACAGCCACCGCAGCAGCAGCAGCAGAAGCCAAAUACAAAUGACCAGGCCCAAGGUGUUUCAAAUGGCCAUCAGGCCACUAGAAUCGCCACACCCCUUCCACAAGGACCAUCUAGGUACUUCAUUGUUAAAAGUUGCAAUCGGGAGAAUCUGGAAAUAUCAGUUCAACAAGGAAUUUGGGCCACACAGAGGAGUAACGAGGCUAAACUCAAUGAAGCUUUUGAAUCCACUGAGAAUGUUAUUUUGAUAUUCUCAAUUAAUAGAACUCGCAAUUUCCAGGGGUGUGCAAAGAUGACUUCUAGGAUUGGUGGCUACAUUGGUGGUGGAAAUUGGAAAUCUGCUCAUGGAACAGCACAUUAUGGUCGGAACUUCUCUAUGCAGUGGCUUAAGCUUUGUGAGUUGUCAUUUCAGAAAACCCAUCAUCUCCGCAAUCCAUACAAUGAUAACCUCCCUGUUAAGAUCAGCAGAGAUUGCCAGGAACUAGAACCUUUCAUUGGUGAGCAGUUGGCUUCUCUGCUUUAUCUGGAGCCAGACAGCGAACUUACGGCUAUGCUAAUUGCAGCAGAGGCCAAGCGAGAGGAGGAAAAAGCAAAGGGAGUCAGUGCUGACGAGGCAGCUGAUAAUCAAGAUAUUGUGCUGUUUGAUGACAAUGAAGAGGAUGAGGAAGAGGAAAGCGAGGAGGAAGAAGAAGGCAACGGCCAAGAGUCCCAAGGGAGGGGAAGAGGAAGGGGGAUGAUGUGGCCGCCUCAAAUGCCGAUGAUGCGUGGGCCAAUGAUGGCAGGGCGUGGCUUCCCUCCCAACAUGAUGGGUGAUGGCUUUGGUUUCGGUGGCGGUUUUGGCAUGCCUGAUCCUUUUGGCAUGCCACGCGGCUUCCCACCAUUUGUUGGCCCAAGGUUCCCUGGGGACUUUGCUAGAGGCCCGAUGCCCGGGAUGGGCUUCCCUGGCAGGCCUCCGCAGCCUUUCCCUCUGGGUCUUGACAUGAUGAUGGGCCCUGGCCGUGGUCCACUGAUGGGAGGCAUGGGAAUGGGAGGACGACGGCCUAAUCGCCCCAUGGGUAUGGCGCCCUUCAUGCCCCCACCACCUCCAAAUAACCGUGCUGCGAAGCGAGAACAGAGAAGGCCAGGGGGUGAUCGUGGGGACAGGUUCGAAACAGCGUCAUCAGACCAGGGCAGCAGAGGCCAUGAUAACACUGGAAACUCUGGAGCAGAUGGGGCCAGAGCCCAGUCUGGAGACAGGUACGGUAGAAGCGCCCUUCGGGACGAUGACAGCGAGAGUGAAGAGGAGGCGGCUCCCAGGCGGUCAAGGAAACGAUAA